AUGGAUGAUAUGAUUGGUGAUUUAUCUAAUGACAUUGAAAAGGAAGAUAACUGUUCCAACCCAAUAAAAGAACUGCUUUAUAGAAAAAAAGAAAUUUGUGUUAAGAAAGGACAGAAACCUGAAUUAUCUAAUGUUGAAUUAUCCAAAUUUUAUGGUCUUAA